AUGGAAGGAGAUCUAAACGAAAAGCUACUGAGAAAACCAGAAGAAGAAAAUGAUGAAGAAGAGACACUUGGUAAAAGGGUAUGGAAUGAAACAAAGCUUAUGUGGAUAGUUGCAGCACCAGCUAUAUUCACAAGAUUCUCAACUUUUGGUAUUCAAGUUAUUAGUCAAGCUUUUGUUGGACAUAUUGGUUCCAGAGAACUUGCUGCUUUUGCUCUUGUUUUCACUGUUCUCAUUAGGUUCGCCAAUGGUAUUCUGUUGGGAAUGGCGAGUGCGUUGGCGACCCUUUGUGGACAAGCAUAUGGAGCAAAAGAAUAUGGAAUGAUGGGAGUGUAUCUUCAAAGAUCAUGGCUAGUUUUAUUCUUAACUGCACUCAUUCUUCUUCCUGUGUUCUUCCUCACAUCUCCACUUUUAAUCCUCUUAGGCCAAGACGAAAGCAUAGCAGAAGUUGCAGGAACCAUUUCUCUAUGGUCAAUACCUGUUAUGUUUGCUUUCAUUGUCUCAUUCACUUGUCAAACAUUCCUUCAAUCACAAAGCAAGAACACCAUCAUUGCAUUUUUGGCUGCUUUUUCCAUCAUCAUCCACGCUUUCCUCUCUUGGCUUUUGACAAUGAAAUACAAAUUCGGGAUCGCUGGCGCGAUGAUUUCAACUGGUUUGGCUUAUUGGAUUCCCAACAUUGGUCAGCUUAUCUUUGUUACAUGUGGUUGGUGUCCCGAAACUUGGAAAGGUUUCUCUUUUUUUGCAUUCCAAGACCUUUGGCCUGUUGUCAAACUUUCCCUUUCAGCAGGUGCCAUGUUGUGUCUUGAACUCUGGUACAACACGAUAUUGGUUCUUUUGACAGGAAACAUGAAAAACGCAGAGGUUCAAAUUGAUGCGCUAUCUAUAUGUCUCAACAUCAAUGGAUGGGAAAUGAUGAUAUCGCUCGGUUUCAUGGCUGCUGCAAGCGUUCGAGUAUCAAAUGAGCUUGGUAAAGGAAGUGCGAAAGCCGCAAAAUUCUCAAUCGUUGUGACAGUGCUUACAUCGUUGGCCAUCGGAUCCUGUCUUUUUUUGUUUUUCUUAUUUUUUAGGGAAAGACUUGCUUAUAUAUUUACCUCAAACAAAGAGGUGGCUGCAGCGGUCGGAGAAUUAUCGCCUUUGUUAUCGAUCUCUAUACUGCUAAACAGUGUUCAACCGGUACUAUCAGGAGUGGCUAUUGGAGCAGGAUGGCAAAGUAUUGUAGCAUAUGUGAACAUAGGAUGUUAUUACAUCAUAGGUAUUCCUGUUGGAAUUGUACUUGGUAAUGUCAUCCAUUGGCAAGUCAAGGGAAUUUGGAUGGGAAUGUUGUUUGGAACAUUGAUUCAAACUAUAGUGCUAGUUAUAAUCACCUAUAAAACUAACUGGGACGAGCAGGUGAUCGUAGCUCGGAAUCGUGUAAAGAGGUGGUCGAAGGUAGAGAGUACUAAUCAAGGAGAAGAAAGAAAGUUAACUGGAAAAUAG